AUGGAUGCAGGAAAUCAUACAGAUGUGAAGGAAUUCAUACUCCUUGGCUUAACAGAAAAUCCCAAUUGGCAGGUUCCUCUGUUUUUGCUUUUCAGCAUAAUUUAUUUAAUCAUUUUAUUGGGAAACUGUGGAAUGAUCUUCUUGAUCUGGUUGAACACCCACCUUCAUACCCCAAUGUACUUCUUUCUUAGUAACCUCUCCUUCUGUGACAUCUGCUACUCUACUGUUAUUGCUCCUAAAAUGCUUAUCAAUAUCUUAUCAGAACACAAAUCUAGUAAACUCUUUUCCUGUGUUCUGCAGAGUUUCUUUUUUAUGGUUUAUGCAACCACAGAAGUCAUUCUACUGUCUAUGAUGGCUUAUGAUCGUUAUGUAGCAAUCGCAAACCCCUUAAUGUAUACAGUUAUUAUGACAUUCAGCAUCUGCAUUAAUAUGGUCCUUGCAUGUUACUUAUGUGGCCUCAUUAAUUCCCUGACUCACACAAUAAGUCUACUGAGACUGUACUUCUGUGGUCCCAACAUUGUGAAUCAUUUCUUCUGUGACAUUCCUCCUCUUUUGAAGCUUUCAUGCUCUGAUGCACACAUUAAUGAGAUGCUACUUUUGGUCUUCUCUGGAGUGAUUGCUAUUUUCACUUUCAUCAUUGUCAUGGUGUCCUAUAUUCACAUUAUCAUUGCCAUCCUGAGAAUCCGUUCAACUGAGGGGAGGCUCAAAGCUUUCUCCACUUGUGCCUCACACUUGACAGCUGUGACAUUAUUUUAUGGUUCUGGGUCAUUUAGCUAUAUCCAGCCAAGCUCUCAGUACUCCAUGGAACAGGAAAAAGUCUCUGCUGUGUUUUACACCUUGGUCAUCCCCAUGUUGAAUCCUCUGAUUUACAGCUUGAGGAACAAGGAUGUGAAGGAAGCAGCAAUAAGGUUGACUUGUGGAUGGAGAAACACUUCUUGA